AUGUCAAUGCAGGGCGACUACCACUUCGUCGUCUACAGAGGAACCUUCAUCCAGCUCCCCCGUCGCCCAACAGACUCAACACCGCUAGCACUGCAGCGGAACAUCGGCGCGCUUUGGGUAUCCGCGCAUGACGGCGAUAUCAAGGGGUUCGACUGGGGCAUCACAGACGACGCAUCCUUCCAGAAUUUCAUGCAAUUACAUGGCUGGGUGGAUGUUGAUUCCCAGACGAAUGGAGUGGCUGCCACCGCAACAAAGGUCAAGGUUGUUAUUGCGAGUGAGGAGCAGAAUGAGUUCUUCUUCCCGGGAUUCAUUGAUACACACAUCCACGCCCCCCAAUACCCAAACUCGGGCCUCUUCGGCUCCUCAACAUUGCUGGACUGGCUAGAAACCUACACCUUCCCCGUAGAAUCCGGCUUCGGCACACAACCAACACCAGGCUCAAAGCAAGAGCAAAAACCAGAAGAAGCGCCAAUAUCAGCUCUGCACAUCUACGACCAGGUCGUCUCACGCACCCUCUCCCACGGCACAACAUGCGCCUCCUACUUCGCAACCAUCCACGUCCCAGCAACAAAUGCCCUAGCGGUCCUCUGCCACAAGCGUGGCCAACGCGCCUUCAUCGGGAGAGUCUGCAUGGAUAAUCCCGACUUUUGUCCGGAAUAUUACAAGGACCUUUCGGCCGAGGAUUCGCUUGCCGCGACGAGGGAUACGAUUGAGUUUAUUCACGGUCUUGAUCCGAAGGGGCGUUUGGUUAAGCCGAUCGUCACGCCGCGGUUCGCGCCGACGUGUUCGCGACAUGCGUUGACGUGGUUGGGGGAGUUGGCGUCUAGUUUCACGCCGCCAUUGCAUAUUCAGACGCAUAUUGCGGAGAAUAAGAAUGAGGUUGCGCUUGUAAGGGAGCUGUUUCCCGAGGCGGAGAGCUAUGCGGCUGUCUAUGAUCGGCAUAACCUGCUUACGCCGCGGACGAUCCUCGCACACGCUGUGCAUCUAUCCGAGGCUGAGCGGGACCUUGUUAAGAGCCGCGAGGCGAAAAUCUCGCACUGUCCUACCUCGAAUGCGGCGCUUGGUUCUGGAAUCGCGCCUGUUAGGGCGUACCUUGAUAAGGGUAUUACUGUUGGCCUUGGUACGGAUGUUAGUGGUGGGUAUAGUCCCUCCAUCCUGGAAGCUGCGCGGCAGGCGUGUCUUUCGUCGAGGUUAUUGGGGCAUGUGAAGGAUUUUGUUGAUGGCAGUCCGGCAGCGGGGGGGAAGGAUGAAGGGCGAGAGAAGCUUUCUGUCGCGGAAAGCUUGUACCUCGCUACGCGGGGUGGUGCAGCUGUUGUUGGGAUGGAGGAGAAGCUGGGUGGAUUCGAGGUUGGGAUGGCGUUCGAUGCGCAGCUUGUUCAGCUUGGAAAUGCGAGGAUGGGUGGGUUAUCGCCUCUGAUGGUGAAUGGGGAUGUGCCUGCUGGUGUAUUAAAGGGCCAGGAUGGUCCAGUUGGCAAUGUUGAUAUCUUUGGGACGGAGACGUGGGAGGAGAAGGUUCAGAAGUGGCAUUGGAGCGGGGAUGAUCGGAAUGUUAGGGCUGUUUGGGUGAGGGGGAGGUUGGUGCAUCAGCGGGAGUAG